AUGCGUGGGCUCAAGAAGAAGAAAGCAUCAGAGUAUGUGCCAGCUAAAGCGGUUCCGUUUUGUUUGGAUAUGAUCACAGUUCUUCAUGCGUUCAUGGAUUCUCCUGUGGGGUUUGAGGGAUUCAGCGAAGAAAGUCGUUGGAAGGACGUCACUCUUCGCCAGACCCGCUGCAGUGUCGUUUCUCCGGAUACGGUUAUUGAGUAUGGGACGUAUGCGCUCUUCAAUUGCAAAAUGGCCGUCGCUGAAGGACGCAUGUAUAAUUUGCGCCACAUGUUCAAAGACGAGCUAGCAAUCAAUGCAUACCUGCACUUGUGCAACUGGGUGGACUAUGCUUCCCAGCCGUUGAACAACAUUAGCAAGAAGGUGCUGAAGACAAACGACGCAGCUACAGGUUAUGAAAAGGUGGGUGCAGGCUGGGGAAAGAAGAUGUCGGAACAAGUUUUCAUCUACCUGCUCAACUGCAGCGUUCGUGGCCUGGACAGAGAUGGUAAAGAGAUCCCUGGCUACGUUUCCAAGCACUGGACCAACAGUUGGUUUACGUCGCACACCUUUCGUUGUGCCGGCACCAAAUACCGAUUCAUGUACGCACAACACGCUCGCCGCUGGUCGCUUUGUAUGAUCAACUGGUGGGCCGGGUGGGGAGUAUCCGAGACAACCGAAACGUUGGUUCGACUAGUGGCUCCAUCCACACUAUCGCCUACCACCAGUGUCCAAGACGGCUUUGAGGACCGUGCAGAGGAAGAGCUGCCGAAACCGCCAAAAACAUCCGGAGUUCCUGCGGUUCAGGACUGGGCCAACAUUUGCUUGAUGUGGUGGAUUCCUGACAAAUCACUUCAUCUGUUCAAGCCGCUGUCAAUGUGGACAUUGGCUGAACGUACAAAUGCUGGAUAUGGAUCCCACUAUUGCCCUUCGAAUCGCUACGACGAAGGCGACGACAGAACCGGUCACGAAUGCAUGGCCCAGGAUUGGAGAGAACGAGCUCAAAGCGUUCGAAUCUGA